AUGCAUCUCACAUCAAGCGCAAGCACGCUGCGCCUCGUAUGGGCCGCGUCCACCGUUCUAUCAAGGGCCUCAGCCUUCAGAGCAACACCAACAGCAGCUGAUACCCUCUCAUUGCUCACACGCCGAGAUGACCUGUCCUGCUCAGCAGUCGACUCCAAACUACCCAGCAACUUCAAUUGCCCUUCCCGCACGAACUGCAUAUCACUGGACAACUCAUCAUCAGGGCUCUGCUGUCCAGACAACAACAACUGCACCAACAUCCAGACGGUUUCCUGCAACAUCCAGACCCAGAACAUAACAGCAAAUACCGAUGCCCCCAUCUUCACCACGAGGUUAGGAGACAAGCUACCAAGCUGCGCCGACGCUUGCUGUCCUUUCGGAUAUCAGUGCAUUCUGUCCCCAGAUGGGAAGAAUGUCUGCAACCUCAUCGCCAGCACCAGCAAGACCGGCACUUCCUCCUCAUCAUCUUCCAGUAGCUCUUCCACCGCCUCUCAAACGUCGACCUCCAGCUCAACCGCCACAUCAACACCGCUCUCCACUGGCCUCACCUCCUCCGCCGCCCAGACAUCGACAUGCAACAAAUUCCCUGUUGGCGUCUUCCUCGCCGGCUUCUUCCCCGGGAUGUUCAUCGGCGCCUUCCUCAUGCUCGCCUGGGUCAUCUGCUCCGGCCGCCACCGCAAACCCAACAGCAGCUCACGCAGCUCGACCGGCUCGGGCUCAUCCGUCUACAAACCUACCAUCUCCGACCCCAUCCCACUGGGCUCCCCCAGCGGCGGUUUGAGAACCGACUUCCUCCGCCGCACCACCGGCCGCGCGAAAUCCAUCUUCUCCACAAGAUCCCAAGUACCAGGUGGUGGCGGUCCCAGCACGAGCGCAUCACACUGGAAAAUGCCCACGCCUCCCGUGCCCAACAACAUCCCCACAACCGGGACCACGCCUGGCGCCGCACAGCCUGUGACUCCAGAGCGCCGUCUCGCGCACGAACUCAGCUCCGAGAGCAUCCGCGUCUUCUCGCCGCCGAGCGGCACCGGCGUGAUGGUGCAGCCCGUCCCCGCGCACAUCGCUCCCUUGAGGGGCAUGAGCGCGCAGCGGUACAAUUACAAUGCCAGAAACCCAGGCGCAGCAGACAGUAUGGGCAGUCCGUUCCAGUCGCCCCCCAAAGGCACGUCCUUUUCGACUGACAAUGCGCACAGCGACGCCUACGCCAACGCCCAGACGAACGCCCGAGGCGUGAGCACGUAUUCGGCCGUCUCUUCACUCGCCGAGCACGAACAUGAACCCGAGACACUCACACCAGCGCGCUACGAGCCGACGGGCUGGACGCCGACGGUGACGAAGCGCGUGCGUCCCGAGGGCGCGGGAGAGCUGGAGAGCAGACCGACCACGACUUUCACCGAGAUGCUCCAUGAAGCGGGGUUCCCGGAUCCGAUGAACGAGUACGGUACGCCGGCUGUGCCGAAGAUACCGGAUACCUACGGCAAUGGCAGUGGCAGCCGUGGGAGAAAAUGGUGAUGAAUAGGAGACUUAGUUCUGCAUUGAAUGAGUUGUACAGAGAGUGGAAACGCCGCAGUGGACUAGCUUUGUGACCGAGCUGGUUGAGUCAUUAUCAUUUAUUUUUGUGUAUUGCUUGCCAGCGAUGCGUACCUCUUUGAUUGUCAAAUAGUAAUUACUAUCGCUACUCUGGCCCUGUGGGAUGUGGGAUAUUGCCAGAGGUUACUCCGUAAUGGAAAUCUUUAAUUGCUUA